AAAAAUAUUACAGUCAAUCCAUAAAGUUGUCAUUUUCUAACAACUGCUUUCACUUUUUAUUCACUCAGAUUGCCAAAGUUGGAACUAGAUGGCUCCUUAAUUAAGAAAAUAUUCCUGCCUUUAAUUGUUUUAUGUAGCUAGAGCUUUGUUGAAUAGGGUAUGGAGCAAGGUAUACCUUCGUCGCCUCCUACUUCUCAAUGUUCAUAUCAUGUGUUCUUGAGUUUCAGAGCAAAAGACACUGGCAAGACUUUCACUGAUCAUCUCCACAGAAAUUUGGUGCGAGCUGGGUUUCAUGUAUUCAAAUGUGAUAACGAUGAUUAUGACGGUGAAAAAGAGGACUUGAAGUCAAAAUUGCAAAAGGGAAUAGAGCAAUCGAAGAUGUCAGUGAUUGUAUUGUCCCAAAAUUAUGCAUCAUCUGAAAAGUGUCUUGAUGAGCUGGUCGUGAUUUUGGAGCAAAAGAGGAAUUUUGGGCACAUAGUUUUGCCUGUCUUUUUUAACGUGGAUCCUUCUGAUGUUAGGAAGCUAAAGGGAAGUUUUGGUCAGCCUUUUUCUGCAAAUGGAGAGAGUCAAAAGUUAAGAGAUUGGAGAAAUGCUCUCAAACAAGUUGCAGAUUUGGGAGGGAUGCCCUUGCAAAAUCAAGCUGAUGGAUAUGAGGCAAAGUUCAUUGAGAAUAUAGUUGAAGUAAUUGCAAGCAAGCUACGUCCCAGAGCCUUAAACAAUGCUCCUUACCUCAUCGAAAUCAGUUAUCGGGCUGAAGAUAUUAUCUUGUGGCUACAAGAUAGAUCAACUAAUGUAGGGCUAUAUGUGAUCUGCGGGAUUGGUGGAAUUGGGAAGACAACCCUUGCCAAAUUUGCCUAUAACUCAAGUGCAAGAUCAUUUGAAGGAAGCAGCUUUCUUGCAAACAUCAAUGAAACUGCAAAACAAUGUAAUGGUCUAGUUCGUCUGCAGAAGCAAGUUUUGUAUGAUAUAGUUGGAAAAAAAGAGAGGAUAUCCAAUGCUGAUGAAGGAAUUAUGAUGAUUGAAGAUGCCCUACGCUAUGAACAAAUUCUUCUUGUUCUUGAUGAUGUUGAUGAAGUUGACCAGAUAGAUAAAAUUUUAGGAAUGAGAGAUUGGCUUAAUCCUGCUAGUAAAAUCAUUAUAACAACGAGGCAUGAGUCCUUGCUAAAGCCUUUUGUACCUCACAAGGUGCUUAAAGUAGAAGCCUUGAAUAAAAUGGAUUCCCUAAAGCUGUUCAGCUGGCAUGCCUUCGGAGAAGACCAUCCUUUGGAAGGUUAUGUCGAGCUCUCAAAACGGGUGGUUCUUCAAUGUGCAGGACUUCCUUUAGCUCUUCGUGUUUUAGGUUCAGCUCUGUCGGGUAGAAGACCAGAAAUAUGGGGAAGUGCAUUAGAAAAGCUGGAAACAAUCCCUGAUGGUCAUGUCAUUGAAAAACUUAAAGUGAGUUUUUACUCUCUAGAAGAUGACCAUGACAAAGAUAUAUUCCUUCAUAUAGCUCUUUUCUUUCUUGGGAUGGACAGAGACGACUCUGUCAGAAUACUGAAUGGAUGUGGUUUUUACACAAUAAUUGGGAUGCAAAACCUCAUUGAUAGAAGUCUUUUGACAAUCAAUGACUUAAAUAAGUUGGAGAUGCAUCAGUUGCUUCGAGACCUUGGGAGAGAUAUCGAUCGUAGGGAAUCACAGGAUCCUGGAAAACGCAGUAGACUUUGGAAUAACAAGGAUUCUUUCAGAGUGUUGAACGAUAAAACUGGCACUGAAAGGAUUGAAGGGAUCAGCUUUGACAUGCCUAUGUUGAUGGAGGAUAAAUCAGCCAAACAAUUUUUCACUGGAAAUAGCUCGAAAAGGCGCUUCCGAAAAGAUCAUGUAGAGAACUGUGCAGAUCAUAAUCUUUCGCUGCAACAGCCUUCUUCUGUCUUUUAUUCAUGGAAUUCAGGAGACACUUCAUCACGAAACUCAAACUACAGCAUAGAAACUGAUGCAUUUACGAUAAUGCGAAACCUAAGGGUACUCAAACUAAAUGAUGUAAACCUCAUUGGAUGCUAUAAAGAAUUUCCCAAGAGAUUAAAAUUGUUGUCUUGGCGUAAAUGCCCUUUAAAAUCCUUACCUAGUGACCUUUCCUGGGAAAACCUUGUUUCUAUUGACAUGCGGUACAGCAAUUUACAACAAACAUGGAGUGAAACUGAGUAUUUCAGAUUUCUCAGGAUUCUCAACCUUAGUCAUUCUUGGGAACUUACCAGAACACCUAGCUUCGCUGGAAUGGCCCGACUUGAGAAACUAAUUCUUAAAGAUUGUAUUAAACUGGUUGAUAUCGAUGAAACUAUCGGCUGCCUCCAAGAAAUCACCCUGCUAAAUCUGAAAGACUGCAAGAGCAUCAGAAAGCUGCCAAGAAAUAUCGGUGAACUUAUAACUCUUAAGAUACUUGAUAUAUCCUUCUGCUCAAGCCUGGAGUGGCUGCCAAUGGAGCUUAACAUGAUAGAUUCUUUGAAAGUUCUAAGAGCUGAUGGAAUUGAUCUAAACCAAAUACUCUGUACCACCCACGAGCGGAAAUCAUUGCAGGCAUUAUUUUCAUCUUGGGUAUCAAAGCCAAGAAACACUCCUGAAAUAUCGUGGGCCUUUUUACCAAGCUCUUUGGUGAGCUUGAGUCUUGUGAGUUGCAGGCUGUCUGAUGAAUAUAUUCCCCAGAAGUUUAUCAAUCUUCCGCUGCUCCAAGAACUGGAUCUAAGUGAAAAUUCAAUUAGCUGCCUCCCGGAGUGGGUCAAGAGUCUGCCUCAGCUCCAAAGCCUCAGUGUCAAGUCAUGUAAGAUACUCAAAUCACUUACUGAGAUGCCAAUUAGCAUUUCAGAACUGUACAUAGAUAGUUGCUCGUCCUUGGAGAUGAUGACAUACCAAUCAUUGCUAUCGAAAUAUCCAAUCCUGAGUCACGAUUACAAUUGUGACAAUCUAGUCAUGAUGCAGGGGAAAUUUAAGUUAGAAGCUCUAGAAAUUGCUGACCCACAGAUGCUUAAACGUUUUGGUCUGAAUGUUGACACUAUGGAAAAUACUAUGGUGAAAAUGGACCUUUUUUCGAGUUACAAGAUGAGAAUGCUUCCAUUGCAGGGCUUAUACGAGCAAGGAAUCUUUAGUACAUUUCUUCCGGGAAACAAAGUACCUAGCUGGUUCCCAAAGUUAAAAAAUGCGAAUUCAGUAAGUUUUACCAUAUCUCAACCUCUCAACAAUAUCCAAGGCCUAUCCAUAGCCAUUGUGUAUACAAGUUCUGAAAGUCAAGAGGCCAAGCUCCCAAGAGCCUACUGGUGCAACAACAACAACAAAAAACCCAGUGCAAUCCCACAAGUGGAGUCUAGAGAGGGUAGCAGAGCCAACUGGUGCCAUCACCAGAAUAUCGUACACAAUAGGACUAAAGAUUUGAAGUGGAUCCACAUUCCAAGAGUUUUCGGCGUGCCAGAAGGUAAUGAAGAAAUAACAUGGUUAAGUCACUGGAAAUUUGGAGACCUGCUAGAAGAUGGAGAUGAUAUUUCUAUUUUAGUUAGUCUGAAUAGCCUGAAGGUAAAGGAACUUGGCGUCGACCUUGUUUGUAACGAGCAAGAGCAGAGUGACCCAUCAAACUGCAACGAUGCAAGCCAAGUUCCCAACAACAACAACAAACUCAGUAUAAUCUCACAAGUGGGAUCCGAGGAGGGUAGUGUGUACGCAGCUUUACCCCUGCCUUGUGAAGGCAGAGAUGCAAGCCAAGUUCCCAUCUUUUCUAAUGAUAAAGUGCCUGGAGAUGUAUCACAGCGUGGUAAAGUGUUUAAAAUAGGGAGGUGAUAUACUUGAUUAGUUAUGGUAAUUGGCAUGACAAAAACCCAUAGUAUGUUGAAAUUGUAUACUGUGUUGAGAUUAUACUAUGCUAAAAUUUAUUUUCUUUUC